CCUUUUUCUCAUUCUUCCUUCUUACUUCACACACCCUUCCCUCAUGGGUCGUUUCUGGACUUUGCUCUCGAACCUUCAUUCAAUAGCAGGGCCUGUGGUGAUGUUGCUGUAUCCAUUAUAUGCAUCGAUUAUAGCAAUAGAGAGUCCAGGCAAGGAAGAUGAUGAACAGUGGCUUGCUUAUUGGAUCCUAUAUUCAUUGCUCACUUUAACAGAGAUGUUGUUUCAAUCAGUCUUGGAAUGGAUACCUAUUUGGUACACUGUGAAGCUAUUGCUCAUGGCAUGGCUGGUUUUACCACAGUUUAGAGGGGCUGCUUUCAUAUACGAAAGAUUCGUGAGAGAACAAAUGAUUAGAUAUGGGUUUUUGAGAGGCCAUCAUCACGCUUCUCCUGAUGGGAAGGGCAAGAAGAAAUUUGUGCAGUUCAUCACCCCCAAGAAAGGGGAGCACGAGGCUUACUGAGGAAAAAGGGUAUUUGGUUGGUGGAUAUUUGCUUGUUUCAUAUUUCAAGCUUUGGUUGUGGUUGUAAAUGGUUGCCCUUUGUUCAAGUUUAUGGGAUUCAGUUCUUUGAGUAAAUGUUGUAAUGAUUUGUAAUGAGAUGAUUAUGGGGAAAAAAACUUAAUAUCUUUGCAG